AUGCCGUAUGGGCCUAAGUGGCGCAAGGCAAGGAAGACCAUCACAGACUUCCUGAAAGAUGAGGAGGUUGACAAAUUAAUGGUUCUGCAAGACGCCGAGUCGUCCCAAAUGAUGUACGAGCUGUUUUCUGACCCUGGCAACUAUCACGAUUACAUUUUGAGAUACUUUGGUGCUAUCAUAAUGUUGAGUGUCUUUGGCACCAGGGGUAAAGACUUUGACGAUAAAGGCAAAAUCAAACAGUUUUUUGAUUGCCAAGCGGAGUGGGCAGCCAUGCUAGACCAGGGGGCUGUUCCGCCUUUCGAUGUCUUUCCGUUCUUGCAGUACGUGCCAGACGCCAUGACACCGUGGCGCGGUUGGAAGCAGAGGGCUUCUGCGUUGAAAAAGAAGCAGAAUGGGUUGUACCACGAUCUGUUUGAUGAAGCUAAGACUCGCAUUGAGCAGGGGAAGGGUGAGGACAGCUUCGUGGCCAGCCUUAUCCGGAACAACAUGAAGGAAGGAUACAGCGAUGUCGAGCUGGAGUACAUCGCUGGCUUUCUUAUGGAAGGUGGCUCUGAUACUACUGCCGGUGCCUUUGAAACCUUCGUGCUCGCUAUGGCUGCGUAUCCAGACAUACAGAAGGAAGCUCAGGCGGAAAUCGAUUCUGUAUUCGGCGAAGACGGUGUCUGUUCCAAGAAGCUCAAAGAAGCAAAUUUGCCUUACCUUAAGGCUUGCUUCCUGGAGACUUUGAGGUGGCGUCCUGGCUUCCCAUUGGCUAUUCCUCAUGCCACAACUCAAGAUGAUGUGUACCAAGGUAACCAUAUCCCGGCCCAUACGACAAUCCUUAUGAACAUCUGGGCCAUUAGUCAUGAUCCAGACGAAUACGAAGAUCCGGAUUCCUUCAAACCUGAACGAUUUGUCAAUAGUACAUUUGGCGUCAAUGGAAGUGACGAGAGAUUCAAAGACGGGAUCUCGGAUCAAUCGCGAAGGCUCACUUACGGUUUUGGGGCUGGAAGAAGAGUGUGUGCUGGACAGCGGAUGGCCGAGAACAGCAUGUUAAUGACCAUGUCGAAGCUUCUCUGGUGCUUUGACAUCGUGCCAGGAGAACGCAUGCCGGAUACCAAUGUGCAGACGGCUUUCAAGGAUGCCAUUCUUACUGGCCCAAAGCUUUUCGACGUGAGCUUUGAGUUGCGAAGUGAAGAACGACGAGACGUUUUGGUAGCUGAAUGGAACAAGGCAGAUGCAUGGCUCCGAAGGUUCGAGUAG